ACUCAGAUUUUUUAGAUCUCUCUGGUUCGCGCGGUAGCGGAGACGUAUCUUCGCGCGCUUGUUUGUUGUUACGUGACGAAAACUAAAACUGUUUGACGGCGGCUGAAUUUUAGAAGUGUUGACGGAAAUAUCGAAAUUAGCGUGUGUUAAGUUUUGUGUUUAGUGAGUGAACAUUGGUUUGAACGAUUUGGAAAGUGAUUUUAAAACAAAUACGGUCCACGUUUAGAAGUCUCCGUUAAAAUAAACAAUGAUUGCCUCCUCUCUAUACAUAAAAAUAAUAAGUUACAAUAGAUUAUCAUUAUACUAGUAUUUGUUGAUAAAUAAUUAUAUUUAAUUUUAAGGAAUUAAUAAAUAGUUAAUAUUCUCAGUCUAUAGAUAGGUAUUCUGUAAUGUUGGUAGCAUUAAAAUACAAAAACGUAAAAGGCAAAAUUGCCAGAAACUUAGUAAGAGAUGAGGCGGUUCCGUAAAACAAAGUUUCACUCUCUCGACAAAAUGCUGCGGAAUUUCUACGUGGCACUUCUUCUCUGGAGAAUCGAUUGUCUCGUCGAAAGCACUAAAGUUGUAAAAAGCAACAUGAGGUACCAAACAACAUCGCCGCUAAGCCGGGUUGGCCCCACGGCCUCUCUUCGGGACGCAGAGCCGAACUUUGUGGGGCCAAUCGAAAACGUGACCGUGGCCCUUGGUAGAGAAGCUGUUCUUACUUGUUCCGUGUCUGAUAUAGGUGAUUAUAAGGUAGCAUGGAUCAGAGCUGAUGACCAAACCAUUCUGACUCUUCAUACGCGUCUGGUGACCCACAGUUCCCGAUAUGCUGUCACCAACGACUCUCCUGGCUCUUGGCAACUUCAUAUACGACCUCUGAAGGUGGAAGACAGGGGCUGCUAUAUGUGCCAGAUAAACACUAGCACUAUGAAGAAGAAAAUUGGCUGUGUAGAUGUUUUGGUUCCUCCAAACAUAGUGGACGAAGGCACAAGUGGAGACCUCGUGGCUCGAGAGGGAACAAACGUCAGUAUAACAUGCAAGGCUGAUGGCAGACCCCUGCCACGGAUACUCUGGAGGAGAGAAGAUGGCACCAACAUUCUACUGAGGAACGAAACUGGAGACUUACAUAAAGUUGAUAUGUACACGGGGCCGUCUUUGAACCUCACCAAGGUGGAGCGAAGACAGAUGGGUGCUUAUCUCUGUAUAGCUUCCAAUGACGUGCCGCCAUCUGUUAGUAAGAGAAUUAUGUUAAGCGUUAAUUUCGAGCCAUCAAUAGCAAUUUCCACAAAGGUCAUGGGAGUACCUACGGGUUCGCAAGCCAAGCUAGAAUGUAUUGUCGAAGCGUACCCACAUGCAAUAAACUAUUGGCUCAAGAGUGGAAAAGAGAUGAUUUUAUCGGGAGGUAAACAUGAAAUCAACGAAAUAAGAAUGUCGACGUAUCAAGUGAAGACAAUAUUGACAAUCGCAAACUUCUAUACAGAAGAUACGGGUACAUAUACUUGUGUUUCAACGAAUACGAUUGGAAAAGCAGAUGGGACUCUGAGACUUUAUGAAAUAAAAAUCACCACCACAACGACGACGACAACGACGACAACAACCACUACAACCACCACUACUACUCCGCCCCCGACAACAACUGAGUUGACAACUCAACCACAUUACGUGGUAGCUUUACAACCCGCUGAGCAAAAGUUUUAUACGCCAGAUGUUACUACUUAUGAUACGAUGCAAAACGUAAUAGAGCAGUCCGUCCGUGACAACAACUGGCUACCGACUGUCGAAUCGCGUGGUGCCCCCGCCGUUCAAGCCUCGCUUUCCAUCCUUAUACUACCCACUUUAAUACAUAUUUUAAAUAAUUUUAGCCCACUAGUACUUCAUAAACAUUAUAUCCAAGAUUCAAGAUGAUAAGUUUAGUCGAGUAGUUAAUUCUAUGUCAAUUUAAUGUGUACAUUGUUAAUUUGCGACAAUAGUAAAUUGUGUUUAAUUUUGUACAUUAUGUAGUUCAUUAAACUACCCUCUAUAAUGGAUACUGAAAUAAUAAAUAACCAAAUUUCUCACAACUUUUUCUUACAUUGAUUUUAAUCUAAGAAACUCAACCCCAUUUAAGCUUACUUAAUUAAUUUAACGACGUCAGCCACUCUACUGAAUAAACGAUGACUUAACUGAAAUUCGAUUGAGCUAUAUUGUGCCAAAGAAAGAACAUUUCUAACAAUGCUUAAAUUUUCGUUAAUUAUAGGAAGACCAUUUUGUUAUUUAAGGGUAAGUACACGUU